CGAACACGCUUACGACCGUAGGAACAGUCCCACCCCCGAAAAUGGCUUUUGAUGGUCCCAAAACGAACUUGGGCCUCUCCACUUCUAAUCUCUCGACUCCGUGGUUUGCUUAGGGGCUCGUGUUCUUUCCUCCUCUCCUCUCCUCUCCUCUUCUCUUCUCCAUGUCUCUCUCUGCCAUGUCUCCCCCAUAGCCGACGGUCUCCUUUCGGUCCGCCCUUUGAAUGUGCGAUUCUGUACCUCUCAACUUUCGCAUACCAGGAGUCUCGUCAAUUCCCCGUCCUGGCGCCCGGAUCCCGCCUCCGGUGUAGCCCUAGGAAUUCCCCUCCCCCUCCCCUCCCCCCUUCGCCUUCAGAAUGCUUGGCGCAAACAGUUUCGUGGGGCGGCGCAAGUCGCUCUACUUGAGUCUGGCUGUCGCCGCAUCGCUGAUCUGUCUCGUCAACCUCAUAUUCCUGACCCGCGCCGUCGACCACAGCAUCAUUCGUCUCCCGGGCCUAUCGCUGUUCCGCCCAAAACCUAAGCAACCGGAAGGUAGCCUUGCGCACGAUCAGCACCCGAUCGGCGAGUUGAUGAACGAGGCGAAUCGUCGCUGGCAGGUAUAUGAAGAUAGUCGCUCGACCAACUUCCGCCAGACCGUCGCCAAGUAUCGCCAGACCUACGGCCGCCAUCCUCCUCCCGGCUUCAAGGAGUGGUACCAAUACGCGCGCGAAAACGGUGUCUAUAAUGUCGACGACUUUCAGCAAAUCACCGGGGACUUGCGCCCGUUUUGGGCGCUCCCUCCCAAGGAAAUUCGCCAAAUGGCGGCGCGCCUGCAGCAGAGCCCGGGAAUCGCAGGUGUACGGAUUCGCGAUCACAAGGUUGUAUCUCACUCCGAGGGAUGGCGUGUAGAAACUUUGGCCUUGGCCGUGGAGAAGCUCGCCAAACACCUGCCGGACAUGGAUAUUGCGAUGAACACCAUGGACCAGCCUCGCGUUAUGGUAACCUAUGAGGAUAUCCAGAAAUACUUGAAAGUCGAGGAGAGCACGAGGGCGACUCCUCCCGAUGCAGCGGAUGAAUUCACGCAGGGUCUGGAUGAGUUGUACAACGAAGAGGCUGGCAUCAACGAGGAAUUGGAUCCUGGUUGGUUCUCCGUCGCUGGAAAGCCCUAUAUGGAUUUCGCCAAGGAGUCCUGCCCACCGGAAUCCCCUGCCCGAGACGGCAACUUGACGGUGGCAGAUGCAGACAAGCUGUUUAAAUCCUCAUAUGGCGACCUCAUCUCCAACUUCACCGGCUCCACGGAUCUCUGCACGGUGGGACCGGAUAUUGGAGACAAGCAUGGAUUCCUCUUCUCCGCUUCGAGCAACAUGAUCACGAGAAAAUUGCUUCCCGUAUUUGGCGAAUGCAAGGUCAGCGUGAACAACGACAUCCUCUUCCCUGCAAACAUGUAUUUCUUGAAGGAUGAGCGCUAUGUAUACAACUCAAAGCACGACUAUGAAUGGGACGACAAGUCCGACUCCAUGCUCUGGCGCGGCGUAACUUCCGGCGGUAUCCAGGUGGAAGACAACUGGUCCCGCCUCCAUCGCCAACGCUUUGUGCGUAUAGCCAACGCCACCGAGAUGGACUUGGAGAAGGUUUCCAUCCUCGCCGAGGACAGCCAUAACCACUACCAGCAGAUCGAUAAUUUCCGCCCCUCCGACUUUGCCGCAUCCUACUUCGACGUUGGUUUCACCGAGGCCUGGGGCUGCAUCCCUGACUGCUCCUUCUACGAGGGCGUCUGGACAUACAAGGAGCCCAAGGCAUUCUCUGAACAGUUCAAGGCCAAGUAUCUGGUUGAUAUUGACGGCCACAGCUUCUCCGGUCGCUGGCGCGCAUUCCAUCAGAGCAAGUCGCUCGGCCUCAAGGCUACGAUCUUCCGCGAAUGGCACGACUCCCGCCUUUUUGCUUGGCGCCACUUCGUCCCCAUGGACAACCGCUAUGGGGACCUCUACUCCCUGAUGACCUACUUCAUCGGGCUUGAAUCUCCCACCUUGGAGGCCUCCAACCCGAGCCACGGACCAUCUGUUCCCCGUCAUGACUUCGAAGCCGAGGUGAUUGCCUCCCAGAGUCGUGAAUGGGCCCAUCUUGUCCUGCGUGACCAGGAUUUGGAGAUCUACCUCUACCUCCUCCUUCUGGAGUAUGGACGCAUCGUCGAUGAUAACCGCGAGAACAUCGGCUAUAGCGGUGACGGAAGUGAACUGGACCAGUUCGACGCCCAGCACCCGUUUCCCCCAGCAGUGCAGCCCAUUGUCGGUGCGUGAUUGAUGACCACUGCCGGCUGUACAGAAAAUGCAUAAUGGUGUCUGCAUUUUUUUUCCUCUUUAUUUUGGUUCCUACUUCUUAUCCUUUGAUUCCCCUUCAUGGAUGUAUCUAUCCCAUGUCCUAAUGACCGACGCUACAUACUGUCACGAUCUAUCACCCGUUUUUGUACCUGUCCGUUUCAUCUGCAUAGAGUUCUGGUUCAGGUCAUGCCAAUGUAUACUUAGCACAUUAUCAAUUUACUUCUACAACACACUCUAAGGAUUAAUUUCAAUUAUUUGCU